UGGGACUCAGCUGAGAGUCAGAGAGAGCGAGUCAGAGCUCAGAGACGCUGAGAGGAGAAAAGCGGAGUUUAACUGACAAACGGGCGGGUUGAUCCGCGGGACUGAAGCUGUUUUAAUUCAUUUUUCUCGGCUCCUGUUGCGGAUGUGCCCGUCCUGAGGACAGCUGGAGCUGGACCACACCUGGUCUGAAAACAGGAUGGUUCAGACUCGCAGGAUAGAUAUGGAAGAGUAGACAGGAAAGAGAAAGAGAGGGCAACAAGAAAUGUGUCUCAGGAAAUGGUCCAGGAUGGAAUCAAACCCAGGCAGGGUCGCCAGCUCAGACAGAGCGACUCCAAAUAUUUCUUAGAAAGGUCAGAAGCUCUGAAGACUGUUUGCCUCCCUCUUCAGGCCCGUUGUGGAACUAAAGCUUCACCGUCAGCUAACAGCUAACCGAGCAGUGAGACGCCUAGUUAGUGAAGCAGUCCUGUGGUUGGUGUUCUGACUGUUGGAUGGCCACAGGAGUGAACUACUGGAACUCUUAUGAACCCAGUCGCAAGGUGAGAGAGAGUGUUUGGGGAGGUGAGCAGGAGUCGAGUAGUGAGGAAGGAGGAGGUGGAGAGGGCAUAUGGGACACACAAGCCAUGGAGGUCAAAGGUCAACUCAUCUCAGCACCUGACCCUCUCACCUGCCCAGACAGGAAGCAGAGGGAGCGAAUGGUUGAGCUACAGGAGAGGAGGCGGAGUCUCCAGGCGCUGCUUAGCAGCCGAUUGGCUGAGCUGAGACGCAUCUGUCUGCAGGAAGCUGAGCUGACAGGUGCAGUGCCCAGUGAUUUCCCCCUGGAGGCAGGCGAGAAGCCCCCCUGUGUUCGUAGGAGAGGUGGGACGUCCCGCCAGGGAAACAGGAAGUGUCGAGUAGAGGAGGAAGACGCUCAGCGUUCGAAGCCGAAGAAAAAUUUAUUCAGUGGAGCUCUGAGGAAACACAGCGACUCUGAACACAAUGCACACACACAGACACACACACACCACGGCAAGAGGACUGUCCACAGAGGCUGCCACACAGACGACACGGUGAGGUCAGAGAGCAGCUCGACAUCAGACUCAACAGGACACGACAAUGAUGACGGUGUGUCUCAGUGUCGCCCUCUGCUGGUUUCUUCUGGGUCUCCAGUGGAGGUUUUCUAUCAAAACAGAACCAGGAGGAACUCCCUGCACAACAGAACUGAGCAUCCGGACACCCAGAAGCCCCUCCCACUGCCUCCCUCACAACCUCCUCCACCUCCCCCUCGCUCUCAGGACUCCUCUUCCUCUGGCCCCUCUGACCCUGGAGCAGGAGGGGAGGCAGGACUCAAGGCUAACGGAGCUCGCCGUAGUAACAGCUCUGAUGGCCUCCUGGACCGCAUCACCCCUCCUGAGGAUGAUGUGGGGGUGCAGCAGGGGGGAUUGUGGGUAAACGGGCUGCCGGGGUCCAGAGGAACAAACACAGCCGGAGCAUAUUGGAACUCAGAGACGCUGACAGACGGACGGUCGAGGGCAAAUGGAGUCAGCGAUGGGAGAGGAAAAGGGGGAGGUGCAGGGCGAGGAAGAGGAGGAGGAAGGGGAGACAGAGGAGGAAGAGGAGUGGGGUACAGUGAUGUCCUGCUGGACUAUGUUUGGGGGAAACAGCAGCAGCUGCAGAGACAGCAUUCUCAGCCCCACAGACAGCCAAUCACAUCGCAGCAGCAGCUAGUCUACAAUGGCUACUCCCAGCAGCCAUCAGGAGCCCCGCCCACCUACCGCGGUCCCCAAGGCGACCAGCGGCGGGUCACGGUAACCCGAACCAAAUCGUGCGGUCCGUUCCUCCCGGUGCAGCAGAGCCAGACUGAUACCCACAAUCCCCCUCUGGUCGCCAUUCAGCCUGACCCCCACCCCCACCUGCUGCCGCCCCGACCCCCUCAGCUGCCCCCCAACCAGGACUCCCAACUGGAGGAGGCCACCAGGAGCCUCCACAAGGCCCUCGCCCUGGAAGGUCUGAGGGACUGGUACCUAAGGAACACCUUAGGCUCCUCGCACCAGAACCAGGCCAAUGGAAAGGUGACUGCAGGGACCAACGGCAGUAAGAUGAAUGGAGGGGUCAAAGGUCAGGCGGGAGGAGGGGGGGCUCUGCAGCGGAGACGGACGACACACGGUGUCAUUCAGCAGUCGGCCUAUCAGACGGAGACAAAUCAUCAUCACGCUGCGCCGCAUCACAAACACACGCUGCCGCAUUCAGCCACGUUCCACGGACACCCGCUGCACGGCAGGUCUGUGGAUGGCUCGCUCUACCACGACUCGUUCCCUGCUCAGAAACAGGAAGUCCCUCUCAGAGAUCCACCAAUGGACCAACCGUCUCCUGGUACUCUGGUCUGACUCACCAACCAAUCACGAUGCUGGGAGGCAGGCAAAGGGACUAAUUCCAGGCUGGCUUCCUGGGAUUAGCAGUAUGAAGGAAUGCGUGUCCAGCUGUCUGAAUCAAACACACCUUUGUCUUGGUCCUGAUGGAUGGAAGUUCCUGAUCGUUCAGGUUGGAAAACCCCGCCCACCUCGUCCUCGUCUGCCCUCAGGGUCAAGCUUCUGUUUGUAAAAAUGAACCAAACCCCAGACCAGGUCCAACCCUCCUCCCUCCUUUAUCACAGCCAUGUUGGAGGUCCAUCCUCCUCGCUGCUCGGGUCACUGCUGCUCUGCUCGAUGAACUUCUUCUAUCAGGGAUGGACUUUAAGUCAACAGCUGCUUUUCCACCAAAUUCUCCAGGAACAUCAGUUCUACUAGGAACUAAUGACAGGAAAAAGUUCCUGCAGCGCUCUGUGGUCCAAAGAAGGAGAUUGUCCCCUGCAGGCAUUAAAGCCUGGAUUCAGAAAGUAAUCCGUAUCGUUCUGCUUCACCCUGAUUACUGCCACCAAAGCGUCAGCUGCUGUGGAAGAUGCUACAUUACUGGACUAAUUAGAGAUGUUCACAUGCACAACGUGCCCUGAGAUUUCUCAAACUAUCCUAACGGCUACUUUACUCUGAGGGAUUUUAGUUUCUAAGAUGUAAACAGCGUAAACGGUCGUGGUCAAAUCUUUGGUUCUCUUUGCUCCAUGGAGUCUCAGUUCUCAGAGGAACGAACUCAGCCCGAUGAUCAGUGACCAAAAGCAGCCGUAACUGUUCAGAAAAGAAGGUUCGGGUUCCUACGGUGACUGAUGCUGAAACACCAGCCACAUGCUGUACGCGUCUUUUCUGAAUACAUUUUAAGAUUUAUUGUUAAAAGCUGCAGAUGGACGAGCCGAAGACGAUUCUCUGCUUUCGUGGAAAUCGUUAUUUCUCAGGCGUUCAGAUUGCAGUUGGAGAUACAGCGUCUCUCAGAGGUUCCUGUUUCUGGGAUAGUUAAAAAAAAGACUUCUGGAGUCCUUUCAGGGAUGCAGCCAUUUUCUGAAAGGUUUUAGAUUAAAGCAGAAACUUAACAAGGUGUCUGUGGCUCUGUUUCUACACCCUCGUCUUCAGACUGUGCUUAGACAAUCAGACUCUUUAAACACCAACGACGAGGAGGACAUACCUCCUCUGAAGACAGAUGACAUCACCAGCUACCUGCAGCCAACCAGCAAAGCGUAAAGAGGAACUUUUUGGUGACUUGAUCAGGUGACCUGUCGAUCCCUCAGGUGAGUCCAGGCAGGGAGCAUCGUGGUGAGGUUCUCCAGCGUUCUCCCUGUUUGGACUCAACAUCUCUGCACUAAAACUCGAGCACAGAGUUUACUCCUGACACCAGCUGAACUGUCGCUGCUGCUGUUUGUGGCUUUAAGCAGCUGCAGAGCCCUCGAGUAGAAACCAAACGUGAACAGAACAGAAUAAAUCCUCUGAAGAAGAAGGAGCUUCCCACCUCACUGCUGCAGAGUGACUCACUGAAGCUGACGUGCUCACGAGUCUUCUUCUGAAAAGGGAAACAUUUUCUGUACACGUUAAUUUAUCUGACAACUUUAGAUGCUUGCAAACGGGACACUUUAAGAGCCGAUACAAACUGCUGAAAUGUUCACUUGGUUUCUGAAAACUCGACUUUUUAACCGAGUCAAAGGAUUUGAAAUGUGAAUAUCUGACACUUUUCAUUUUAGUAAUUCACUUCUAAUCAUUUUAAGGUUUGGAUAGUUUGUUGGUUUCCACUGCAGGAACAGCGAAGAGGUUUUAUGGUAAAGUUUUUAACUUUAGCAGCACUUUGCAGUGAGAAGUUACAAACACAGAAAGUUGAACUGGACAUUUUAACUGCCAGGCAACACCGUCUGCUCCCCUGGCAGCUGUUUCUUAUCAAAGAGCCAUUUUCACACAUGCAACUCACACAACUUUACUAUGACUUCAGCCCAGAGGUGCAUGUGCAUGUCCAGCUCAGUCAGAUCACAAAUAAACCAGUAUUUAAUUCCCGAGUGCAAAGUCGACGCUUUAGCCAAUGCAUGAAUUCUGGUGCAUCAUGGCCUCCUAGCUGCCCAUUCCAGGCAGUUUCCUAACUUAAACCCCCGAGAGUAAUUUACAUGAUCCUGCUGUGUUCUACUUGUGACAAAUGAAACUCAAACACUUGUAGUAUAAACUUAGAAUUUGGACGACUACCACAUAUUUUGUCAGAAGCCUGCCCUGGACGACUCCUUUCAGGGCAAAACAAAAGCACAUGCUCAGUGGUCGAUAACCGCCUCCUUUAGGGAAUGUGCUUGAGAUGGUACAUAUUAAGUGGGGCUCUUUGGCGCUCUUCCACAGGUCACAGAUUCGGUUUAGAAGAUCCUUUUAAGAAAUGUUAAAGGUGAAGCCAUCAGUUUAUCAUUAGAGAUCAAUAGAACAUCAAGACAUCACAGGAAUCCCCUCAAAAUGUUCAACCACUGUGCCAAUAAAAAGCAAAAGACACUAAUUGUUUGGCUGCCAUCCCCUUUGGUCUAGGCUUCUCUCAUUUGGCAGUACGCUGUUUCCAAUACUCUUUUCUAUGGAGCUGAAACUUGGAGGGUUUGGAUUGUGGUAAAAUAUCAUUUUUUAGUUAUUAUGCAUGUGACAGCCUCCUGAGAUCAGUCGCCUUCAUGCACCACAAACAGCUGCUUCUAUAUUUUCAUAAGGCCUUAACAGUUAGCACACAUUAGCAGAGUGACAGCUGAGAAAGUUGUUUGCAUUUGUGAAAAUUAUAGAAGAAGAAGAGUUAAUGAAUAUUCAAGCCAUUUGGCUCCAGUGACUCCCAUUCAUUGAGGGUUCUGCAUUAACAGGAAGUGUAAAGGCUCUUUGUUGUAUGACUUUGGAACCAAUUCAAGGAAAAUACCUCACAGCUACCCGUAGUUCCUGCAGUGGAAACCCCUCCCCAGUUUCUGUUGUUUGUGUUUGUUUUAAACAGUGAAUCCAGAUUAUGAUCAGCAGAUGAAUCCAUAAUAAAACAGUCAUCAGCUGCA